AUAUAGGCCUGAAUGGCUUAGGCACUUAUUAGAUUGUACAACUGCGUGUUCUAAGCAACCGCGCGCUAUAAGUUCGAAGUCGAUGGCUGAUUCAACAACGUGUCUUCAGUCUUCACGGUCACUUCCGUCAUGUAGAGGUACCGGUGCCGCAGAGCGCUGAGCGAAGUGAAAGUUUCAUACGGUACCACGUUUACGAAGAAAAUAUGGUGCUUUGAUACGUUGUGUUGAAAUGAAUUACAACUUUUUCGUUGUAUACGUGGCUGCUAUCGUGAUUUAUUGUACGAAUUUGUCUCAAGGUUUACAGAGAUGUUUCACCUGUCGAUCCAGGGGUGAAUUGGGGAGCUGUAAAGAUCCAUUCGUGGUAAAUGUGACGAUAGUUGAGGCAAAACAAGAAAUUGGUGUUCAAACUGUUCCUUGCGCUUCUGGUUGGUGCGGAAAAAUUGUCGAAACUGAAGAUACUGCCAAAGAAGAAUAUGGAGUAGCUACCCAAAGGAUGUGUCUGCAAAGGGGACCUUCAGAUAGCGAAGACCGUUGUGCUUACACCAAAUGGAAUUAUCGCAGGGUACUGAUGUGUUUCUGCAAAGGGGAUCUGUGCAAUUCGUCCAAGAAAUUGGAAGCUAAUUUUCUAGUUUGUAUUAUUAGUACAAUACUGUUUCAUAGUCUGAUAUGGUAGCAUUGAAAAUUUGGAUGCGAUGUAAAAUCAGUCGAUCAUGGUUAUCCAACAAUUUGAAAUGAUUGACUUAUUACAAUUUAAUUCGACAAACUUUCUCAAAAGUUAGUCCAAGACAAGUAAAAUUUUGUAUUCAGUGAGGUCAUAUUAGUUACGUCAUUCUACAUCAUGAGUGAUGUUCCUUAACUGUUCCAAUCGAAUAGCUCUUGUAAGGUGGAACAGGAUUUAUAAAUAAUAUAUGGAAUAUGAUUUGAUCGUUGAUGUAUCAAAUUAUUACUUAUUUUGCUCAGCUAUUCUUGUAAUGUUAAAGAUUAUUUAAAUAAAUUAUUUUUAUAAUAUA